AUGCAGGAGCUUGUAGCUGAGCUGGAUACCCACAGCAGCGAGGACAAAGCUCCAUCUGGCUCUGAGCCCAAGCCAUGUGUCCAGCCCUUUGACUCUGGAGCUGCAGACUCAGCCACCAAGAGCAGCGGUGGACCCUGGAGGCCUGAGGACCCAGACUUCUCCGUCAUGGAGGAUGAGCAGGAGGAUGGAAUUCCAGGGCUGCUCGGCGAUGGCGAGAGCUCGGAGGACUUCAGCCUGGACUUGGGGGACCUUCAGGGCAGUGAGUAUAUCCAGGACCUGGGCCUUGAGGUCCCUUCACAAAACCAGUCUAGGGGGGCCAGGGGCAGUGGGCCCCCUAGCGAAGAAGUCGGAGAAGACUCGCCCUUCUCCAGCCUGGCAGGGUCCCAGGGCCUGCCUCGAAGACGCAGCUGGGAGAGGUCGCGGAGCUGCUCUGAGACCUGGCAGAGGCUCAGCCUCGAAGCCUCAGCUGCAAAUGAGGGGCCCUGUCUCCCUCGGACACUGGCCAGCCUUGCUCUGAACCUGCCAGGAGAGGGUCUGCAGGCCUGGACCCAAGGGUGUCUGUCUGGGGGCAGAACCCCCCCAGAGGCACCAAACAAGGAAUGUGACAGCCCCGAAAAAAGAGUGAGGUCACGGUCGGUUCCCGUGUCCUUCGAUGAGAUCAGCUCCCUGGAAAUCUUUCCGGCUUUGGAAGUGCCCGCUCCAGCGGUUCAAGGCCUGGAUCCACCGGUGCUCGAGUGCAUGGAAAAGGACCACGUGGAGCCAGAUCAUGUGCUGAUUGUCCAGCAGGUGCUUCAAGAACUCCGACAGUACCAUGGGGCCCGGCAGAGGGCUCGCUUGUCCAUCAGCCCCGGAGGAGCCCACUCAAACCUCACCUGGUUUGAGUUCCUGUCCGAGAGCGAGGACAGAGCGGGGAAGAUGGAGAGAAGUGACAGGAGUGCCAGGGUGAAGCGCAGACUUAGUUCCCUCCGAUGCCGAGUCACCAGGCAGAAGGAGAAGGGGAAGAGCCCAGUGCUUCUGAAAGACAAAGGUCAGGAUGCUCGAGAGCGGAAAGAAUGUGUCAACGGGCACCAGCUGGCUCAAGGAACCUUCUCUGGCCACUCCAGCUGCCCGCUGUGUGGCAAACCUUUUCUGAGCUCUGGAUCGCUUUGCCCUUCUGUUGUUUUCUGUCACUCUGCCCUCCCCGGCUCCCCAAAGGCACUCCACACAAGCUCAGCCAACUGUCUCCGUGUCUGA